AUGGAGUCAUCAUCAUCCGAGUCCAAGAGAUCUACCCACGUCAUCACCAUACAACCAAAUGAAACUGUGCUGACUGCACUUCCUUAUAGGCCUCAGAGCUCUCUGCUGGAUUUCCUGAAGGGAGAGCCCAAAGUCUUGGGGGCCAUCCAGAUCCUGCUUGCCCUGAUCAUUGCGGGCAUCGGAGCUAUAUUUGCAUUUAAUUUCUUCCAUUUCUCCCAAAGAUUUCCACUCGUUUUCCUCACAGGAUACCCAUUCUGGGGAGCGUUUAUUUUUAUUAUUACAGGAUUCGUCACAGGACUCGAAGGAAAGGAACACAGUCUGGAACAAGGUGUCAAGACCCUGAACGUCAUCAGUGCCUUGGUUGCGGUAGCUGGGAUUGCUUUAACCCUUAUCAGCUACAGAUAUCAGCACCAGUACUGCGAGGCGCCUUCCCUGGAAGGAAUAUGUGUUGUAGGUAGAAUCUUUUUCAACGGGAUUUUGUCGGUCUUACUGAUCACCAGCGUGGUAGAGCUCAGCAUCUCUGUGACUAUCGCCUCCUUUAGAAGCAAGUGCUGGGCAAGGUCAAAUGAGAUUGUAUUUUUCUUGCCUUUGGAUGUUACUCAAGAUAGUGAACUAUCUGUCCAAGACGAAAAUGCUAUAGUACAAUUUGAGCUUCAAGAAGAGUCUACCAGUGAUUACUCAACAGCAAACGUACAACCUGUUUUCUUUGGAGGCUAUACUUUCUUCAAAUUGAGAGUCUCAAAAAGUCCUUUAACCUUCCAACAGUCGGAGAAGAGAGGCAGUAAUUAUUACUACACAUCUUCAUUUGUGACAGAUGAACAACAGAAAAAUACCCCUCCUGCUGUAAAACUUUAUGAGGAAGAAAUUAAGCCAGAACUUUUGCCUCCCAGGUUGGAGAAAAGGUCUUCAGAAAAUAUAACGCGCACUGAACAAAUGAAUGAUGAAGACCUACAGUUUGCGAUCAAAAAACCCUCAAGAACACCGGAAGCGCUAACACCCCAAGAGUUGCCAUCCCAAGUUCUUCCAACCCAAACUUACCCAGUACAAGCCCUGCCAUCUACAGUCCCAACAUUCCAUAUCACACCAUCUCAUGGCCUGAUAUCUGAAGACAUGCCAUACCGUGACAUACCAUCCUCCGACACACUAUCCCUAUAUGGACCACCCCCAGGCACAUCAUCCCAAGGCACACAAUCCCAAGAAACACAAUCCCAAACCAUAUCAUCCCUAGGUACAUCAUCUCUGUUUACAGCAUCCCAAUACAUGCUAUCCUCAGAUACGGCGUCUCCAAAUACACCAUCGCAGGACAUUUCACAAAGUGUGCUUUCUCAAGAACAAAGUAUGCUUUCUCAAGCACAAGGUAGGCUUUCUCAAGUACAAGGUAAGCUUUCUCAAGAACAAGGUAGGCUUUCUCAAGCACAAGUUCUGCCAACAGAAUCCAAGCUAUUGGAAGCCAAAACAUUCCAUGCUAAGCAGUCUCUUAGUGUACAACAACUAGAACAGCAAUCCCUGAGUCUUCAACAAAAAAACGGCCAACAUCAAGACCAGCAAUUUGUACAGGUAGCAUAUCAAGACAUUCAAUCAGAAGUCAGUUUACUGACCCAAGAAUGGAAAUAUGAGAAACACCAACGCAAGAAAUCCACAAAGAAGCCUUCCAUCAAGGAGCAUAGAAAAAGCUCACUAUCUUCAAAAAGGAAAUCGGCAGACCUGUCGAUCAAAGACCCGCAAUCUUCAAGGAGGAAAUCCCUAGACCAGCAUAUCAAAGCAUGGUUAUCUGAUAGGAGGCACUCCACCCACAAGCAAUUCCAGCUUACGCAAACCACACAUCGAGCCCCAGACCAGCAAGAUGAAGACCAGCUGGCCCAAGGAAUACAAUCCCUAAAGCAACCAUCCCAACAUGGGCAUAGUGAAGACCAGCAGGACAAAGAAGAGCAAUCCUCCCAAACACAAUCCAAGGAUAGACAAGAUAAAGCCCAACACCAGCAAGCUGAAGACCGGAAAGCCCAAGAGGAAAAACCCGCAGUGCAGCUAGGCCAAGACCGGCAAUCUCUAGACUUGAAAAUCCCAUCCUGGCAAACCCAAGAUCUUUUAAAGAAAGAACCCCUAAAGCAGAAAGUUCUAUACCAACAAGCCCCAGCUGUGCAGGCCGUACCUCAACAACACCUUGGUUGGAAAGCACAAGACGUUCCAUUUCAAGGGGCUCAGUAUCAAGAUAUCAAACUUCGGGAAAUGAAAAGUCUGUGCCAAAAACCAAGUGAUGUGCAGUCGGAAGACGUGAAGUCGGAUUUCCAUCAUUCCUCCUGCCAAAGCUCAGUACAAGACAUGUAUUUCAACUAUUUGUCCAACACAGAGUCGGAUGUGCAACAAAACACUUCAGUUUGCUCAACUUCGUACAAAGAAAAUCCAGCUUUAACCUCAUGUUGUUUAAAAGAUCAACCACAAUCUGAAGACUCUGACUAA